AUGGGCCCGAAGAGCAAAACGGUCGCCAAUCACUCCCCCACAAGAACCACGUCAGACCAGGCUGAAAAGAAAAUAAGGUACCCAACAUACUGGAUCCGAUACUUCGAAUCGGGGGAGCUCGAAGUCUGGCAGACCAUGAUGUAUCUUCUAGGCUUCGCUGAGAAGUUUACAAGCAAGAACCAGUGCCGAAAGGCUCUCAAACACACUUGGGUGAACAUAGUAGACUUCUUCGAAGCCAUCAAGACAUGUAGCAGGCCGCAAUUCUUCCCCAACCAUUACCAGCUAAGCAGGUACACAAUCAGAACCAGAAAGUUCUUCCCUAAGAAGUUGUUAUCAAAGGGCAGUCCGCUUUGGCAACUAUUCUCCAACAUUGUCCCCAAACAGGGCCGAGAUUGCGAUUGA